ACUUCAGAAAAAUAGUGUACCAAUAGUACGAAAGUUCAUAGAUUUCGAAUGUCUUCAAUAUAACUUUAUUUUAUUUCGUAUUUGUACUUGUGAGUGUCAAUAGGUAUCGGCAAGGAUGUCUUCACCACGCCCGAAGUCGCCUCGAACGCCCGUUUUGCCCAAAAAAGAAGACAAAGAGGAGUCUAUUUGGGAUAAACUUGGUACCAUUGGCCGUAAGAAGCGAAUAAAAGAAGUACAAGAAGUUCAAGCAGAAGGGAAAUAUGCCAUUGAUUCACCUGGUAGCCCCAAUGCGCCAGAGAUACCACCAGAAGAAUACAGUUUACAUGACAAUGAAGAAAGAGCAAUUAUUGAACCAAGAUCUCUUGAAGACCCAAGGGUCAGGGAGCUAAUUCAGGUUUUAAUAGACUGGAUAAAUGAUGAGCUUGCAGCGCAAAGAAUAAUUGUAAAAGACAUCAGUGAAGAUCUUUAUGAUGGACAAGUUUUGCAAAAACUGUUGGAAAAAUUAACUGAGACCAAAUUAGAUGUACCCGAGGUUACACAAUCGGAAGAUAGUCAGCGGAAAAAACUAGCAGUGGUAUUAAGUGCUGUCAACAGAGUUUUAUAUGGAACAUCGAGACCCGUUCAGAAAUGGAGUGUUGAUUCUGUUCAUUCAAAAGACGUUGUGUCAAUCUUACAUUUAUUGGUGGCGCUUGCUCGUCAUUUUCGUGCUCCUAUUAGGCUACCAGAAAAUGUCAAGGUUAAUGUUGUUGUUGUAAAAAAAGAUGCAGCAAACCAGCUUUCACACAGGUCUUAUACAGAAGACAUCACUAAAACCUAUGAUGAUCUUGGGAUGAAAUGUGAAAGAGAUGCUUUUGAUGCCCUCUUUGAUCAUGCACCUGAUAAAUUACAAGUUGUGAAAAAGAGUCUCAUUACUUUCGUUAAUAAACAUUUGAGCAAAGUUAAUCUGGAUGUAACCGAUUUAGAUACACAAUUCCACGAUGGAGUGUAUCUUUGUUUGCUGAUGGGGUUGUUGGAUGGAUUCUUUGUGCCUCUCUACGAUUUUCAUUUAACACCACAAGAUUUUGAUCAGAAAGUACAUAAUGUAUCAUUUGCUUUUGAAUUAAUGCAAGAUGUGGGUCUGGCCAAACCUAAAGCUCGUCCUGAAGGUAUUAGAAAUAUUCAUUUUCGGUUAAAUUUAAUGUUUUAUGUAAGGUUUUAAUAUACCAACAUUUUAUUUUCAGAUAUUGUGAAUCUCGAUUUAAAAUCUACACUGAGAGUUUUGUAUAAUCUCUUUACAAAGUACAAAGAUAUGGCGUGAAAGUAGUUUUAAGAAUAUGGUUUGUGUUUAUUAAUAACAGUUAUUAACAAGUAUAUAAAAAGUAAAGAAUGUUUAAUAAAUGUAUGAUGGUGCCUUAAUAUUAAUUAAUUACUAAUACAUAUGAAGUAAUAUAUUUAACUAACACAAA